UUCAGCCCUCCAGUGCCCAUAUAAGGCUUGGGUCGAUCAGGAUCACCGGCUGUAUUUCAAAGCAACAAGUGGCCUCUGUAGGACGCCGGCUUUUUGAACGGUUCCAGACAAAACGUUCAGCUAAUCUGCCUGAAGAGAGAAGACGCCAUGUUGGACCUCCUGCCUUUCUCCCCCACCUGGGUGCUGGCAGGGCUGUGUGCGGUGCUGUUGUAUCUGUAUAUGGUGUGGCCUUACUCCACCUUCAAGAAGCUGGGAAUCCCUGGCCCCAAGCCUGUACCGCUGUUUGGGAACUACCUGUCAUACGGAAAGGGCGUGAGUAAGUUUGACAAGGAGUGCUACAAGAAGUUCAACAAAGUCUACGGGAUCUUUGAAGGCCGGCAGCCGAUUCUGAUAGUAGGUGACCUGGAGCUUGUGAAGGACAUCACAGUGAAGGAGGCUAACACCUUUACCAAUAGAAGGAUUUUUGAGGGCCAAGGAGACAUUAUAGGCAACGGACUGACCAUCCUGAAAGAUGCGGACUGGAAACGUGUGCGGAGCGCCAUCUCACCUACCUUCAGCUCCGGCAAACUCAAACAGAUGGCUUUGGUUGUGGAGAGGUGUGGGGACAACUUUGUUGCCAACCUUGAAGAGAACGCGAAACAAGGCGUCGGGUUUGACCUGAAAGAACUUUCCGGUGCCUACACCAUGGACGUGAUCUCGGGGACGGCGUUCGGAGUGGAUGUCGACUCCCUACACAACCCGAACCACCCCUUCGUGGCCCACGCCAAAAAGCUGUUCGACUUCAAUCUGUUCAACCCUUUCGUUAUUAUUCUCUUUCUGUUCCCGCAGGUGGGGAAGGUCCUGGAGAAAUUCGGCGUAAGCCUGUUCCCCAGAAAAGUGCUGAACUUUUUCAGCGCGGCUGUCGACAAUGUGAUCGACAUGAGAGGAAGCAACGAAGAUGAGGCCAAACGGGUGGACUUCCUUCAGCUGAUGCUCAAGGCUCACAACAAGGAACUGGACAAAGAGGUGCCGAAGGACGUCGUCAAACAAGGUGUUUCCAAGAAAGAGAUCAAGGGUAAUGCUGUGCUGUUCUGGAUUGCCGGGUACGAGACUACAGCCAACACGAUUUCUCUAACAGCCUACAACCUAGCCUUGAACCAGGAAGCGCAGGACAAAGUCAUCGAGGAGGUAGACGCCAUAGUUGAGAAGAGGGGGAAGCUGGACUAUGAGGCUGUGAACGAGAUGCAUUUCCUGGAAAUGUGCGUGAACGAGACGCUGAGGAUGUUUCCGGCUGCUCAAAGGUUUGAUCGUGUGUGUAAGGAAGACACGGAGGUGAAAGGUCUGCACAUCCCGGCGGGGACCAUCGUCAACAUCCCCGCCUACGCCAUCCACCACGACCCCGAGAUCUGGCCGGAGCCGGAGAAGUUCAAGCCUGAGAGGUUCAGCAAGGAGGAGAAGGAGUCACGUGACCCGUACGCCUACCUCCCGUUCGGCUCCGGACCCAGGAACUGUGUGGGCAUGCGCCUCGCCUUGAUGGAGCUCAAGUUCGCUCUGGCCAAGGCUCUGCAGAAGGUCCGCUUCGUCACCUGCGACAAGACUGUGAUCCCCAUCGGCAUCAAGAACACCCUGGGGAACCAGAUUGAGGGAGGCAUGUGGCUCAAGGUGGAGGCUCGUAGUUAGGAGGAUGUCAUACACAAGUUGUCGGCAACUCUUCUGUAUCUGUAUCUGCAUCUGUAUCAAUAUAGCCGGUACAACCGCCCUUCGUCGUAACACACCAGCUUCGACUCUGACUUGUUAGUGACUUCCAACAGAGACACGUGUUAGCUUUCAGUUUGAGAGUUUGAUGUCUGUGUAUUACUGUUUACUUUUAAUGAUGUUGAAAUUGUGCUAACGCAGCAACAGUUUGUAGAUGUAUUGGUAGGCUGGUUGCAAUUUUUUUUUUCAGAUUUUCCUUGCUGUAUAUGUAUAUAAAACUGUAGGUGGCGACUGUAAGAUAUGAGAUACUACCGGGUUAACGUUAAUGUCUUUAUAGUUAUCAGUUGACGGAUCGUUACGUAAUCAUCUGUUUGUCAGGCUCAACGUAUUUACACAUGCGUUUUUUGGAGUCGAAUUCAAGUCACUGGUCCAACUUGAAACCGCUAAGUAGACAAGCUAUUCAACAGAGUCUUUUCUGGAUUCAACACGUCUCAUUAACAUGCAUGAAACCGUACCGUACGUUUGUUACUUUACUUAGAUCUUUGCUCGCUCUGCUCACAUAUAUGAACAUAAGACCGAACGGGUUAGAUAUUUGCCCAAUAUCUUAUAAUUGUUUUUUGCUGUUAACUUUUUGAGAGAUAAGAACUCAAUUCGGGUUUAUGCCCGUAACGUUCUUACUGAAUAAAACAAUUGGAAUGUGAGGCACGUACAUAUAUUAUGUAUUUGCCCUUUUACAAUA